AUGGACUCCAUUACAAAAGAUCAGGCCUGGAGGUCAGCACACCUCCCGUCUCUCCCUCCCACCAUCACAGAGAGCGAGAAAAUCCCAUAUCUCUCCUCCUGUAUCCCAUCAGACUUAGUGCUGAUGAUUAGGUCAAUAGGAGGACUGUUGAAGUGUCUGGAGAGGAGGAGAGUUGGCUUAGACCUGGAAGACAGCAGUACGGGCGUCCCCAUAUUGCAGUUUUUGACUUGCACACUGAAAGAUGUUGUGUACAUCGACAGAGACAUAUACAGUGCAGUCCAGAUCUUUAAAUCUGAGCUGCGUCCUUCCGUAUUUAAGCUCCAGUCAGGCGAGAAAGAAGGAUUGAGUCUUUAUGGUGUUCUUAAUCGAUGUCAGAGCAAGUUUGGCUCUCUGCUUUUACGGCAGUGGUUCCACAGACCUACUCGAGAUCUGAACAUCCUGAAGAGGCGUCAGGAAGUGAUGCGUUUCUUCACAGCCCCUCGUAACUUUGCUGAUCUUAACACUUUACAGAGUUGCCUGCGGAAUAUCAAGAACAUCUCGACGUUGCUGCAUAAAAUGUCUCGCUCUAACCCGAAGGUUGCCAUCUGGGACACUGUUCGCUCCAUGCCCCAGUGCAUCCAACUUUUCAGUGAAAUCACUCAAAACUUCUCCGAUGAUCUUUUCUACAUUGCCACAUACAUCAGUAAAGUGGUGGACUUUGAAGGAAGUAUAGCUGAGAACCGAUUCACUGUUAGGCCGGAUGUUGAUCCUGUUAUUGAUGAGAGAGAGUGGUUUUCCAUUGAUUUCUUCAGUUCUGAUGGAAUAUACAUGCCAUUGAUUGAAUUUUUACUGUCAGUGCCAAGAUUACCCAACAUGCUGGAUAAACAGAGCUUUGAGAUUGAGGGUCUUGAUUGCAUUUUCCUAUCAAAGGACCAACUGCAUUACCGUAGCACUCGAACCAAAGAGCUGGACAGCAUGCUGGGAGACCUGCAUUGUGACACCAUAGAUCUGGAGAUGGCGGUAAUGAGGAAGCUUCAGGCCUCAGUGCUUCAGCGGAGCGACUGUUUGUAUAAGGUCAUGUCUCUAUGUGCAGAGCUGGACUGUCUCAUUGCUUUAGCUCAGGCUUCUCUGGAUCAUGGCUACUACUGUCCAACCCUGACACCCUGUUUAUAUGCUUAUCCUUCUUUGUCUUUCAGACAUCUUUUGCUGGAGCUGUGUACUCCAGUAUUUGUGUCAAACACCUACAUCAGCUCUGAAACUGAAGGCAAAGUGAAAGUUAUUACAGGACCAAAUUCCUCCGGCAAGAGCAUCUAUCUAAAACAGGUGGGACUGAUUGUGUUCAUGGCGCUGAUCAGCUCAGAUGUUCCUGCUAAAGAGGCAGAGAUUGGGCUGGUGGAUGGAAUCUUCAGCCGUAUGCAUAACCGUGAGUCUGUAUCAGUGGGUCUGAGCACCUUCAUGAUAGACAUGACCCAGAUGACUCAUUCCUUGAACCACAGCACUAGGGAUUCUCUUGUUCUAGUGGAUGAAUUUGGUAAAGGAACCAACACUGUGGAUGGAUUGUCUCUUCUGACCGCAUGUCUCAAUCACUGGCUGCGUCGUGGGCCACAGUGUCCUCACUUACUUAUGUCGACAUGCUUCCACAGCCUCAUACAGCUGGGCUUGAUCUCUGAUUCUCCACUGCUGGCUUUACUGGCUCUAGAGACAGCUAUAGAGGGAGAAGAGCUGGUGUUUUUGUACCAAGUAAAAAACGGCAUCUGCCAGUCGAGUUGUGCAGCUAAUAUCGCCACUCUGGCCGGCAUUCCCGAUGACUUGGUCAGGAGAGGAGUGGAGGUGUCAGAGUUAUACAGAACAGGAAGAACCUUCAGAAAGAUGGACAGGCCAUCUUCAGAUGAACAGUACAGCAGGUGUGUUGAAGAUGACCCUGAGCUCGAUCUCGAUACUUACUUGAAAGACGAGGUGCUCCCAACUCUUGAAGAGGUGUUGUGA